CAUUUUCAGAAGCCAGGACUCCAGCGAUGUGGUAUCUACACUACCUAAUAACUGUCCCUGGUAGGGAUAUUGAAUAAGUCUGAGGGUGCUAUUAAGUUUCUAAGGACAGAAUCAUCCUUGCGGAUGCAAUUGCAGCACAGGAAACAGACUCAGGGAGAAUUUUUAGCCCCCGCAAAUCUCAUUGGCCCUCUGCACAAGCCAAGCCACAACCACUCCAACAACACAACCGAAUCCUUUCAGCACUCGCAGCCGUGGACAGCUCCCUCGCCGCGAGGUCCAUUCCUCUGCAGUGAGCUGACUCGCAUUCAGCCUGCAUCGGUCAGUGCGGCAUCCGACACCAAGUCCCCGCCAGCGGGUACAGAACACGCGCUGCCCCCCCCCCCGAUGCCCCCGCCCCUCGCUCACCCCGGCUCACUCCAGCGGCGACUUUGAGGGAUUCCCUCUCGGGCGGCUUCUGCAGCAGCACAUCUGAACUCAUUCGCUGCACUGCGAGUAUGGAUCUCCGAGGAAGAGCCGUUCUCAGCGUCGACAGACUUCGAGCUCUCCUGAUGCUGUUCCAUACAAUGGCUCGAAUCACGGCAGAGCAAGAAGUGGAAAAUCUCUCAGGCCUUUCCACUAACCCUGAAAAAGAUAUAUUUGUGGUGCGGGAAAAUGGGACGACGUGUCUCAUGGCAGAGUUUGCAGCCAAAUUUAUUGUCCCUUAUGAUGUGUGGGCCAGCAAUUAUGUCGAUCUGAUCACGGAACAGGCUGAUAUCUCACUAACCCGGGGAGCUGAGGUGAAGGGCCGCUGUGGCCACGACGAGUCGGAGCUGCAGGUGUUCUGGGUGGAUCGCGCGUACGCGCUCAAAAUGCUGUUUGUAAAGGAAAGUCACAACACGUCCAAGGGACCCGAGGCGACGUGGAGGCUGAGCAAGGUCCAGUUUGUUUACGACUCCUCCGAGAAGACCCAUUUUAAAGACGCAGUCGCAGCCGGGAAGCACACAGCCAACUCGCAUCACCUCUCUGCCUUGGUUACCCCAGCUGGGAAGUCCUAUGAGUGUCAAGCUCAGCAGACCAUUUCACUAGCCUCCAGUGAUCCGCAGAAGACAGUCACCAUGAUCCUGUCCGCAGUCCACAUCCAGCCCUUUGACAUCAUCUCUGAUUUUGUCUUCAGUGAAGAGCAUAAAUGCCCAGUGGACGAGCGGGAGCAGUUGGAGGAAACCUUGCCCCUGAUUUUGGGGCUCAUCUUGGGCCUCGUCAUUGUGGUAACACUGGCGAUUUACCACAUACACCACAAAAUGACUGCCAACCAGGUGCAGAUCCCUAGGGAUCGAUCCCAAUACAAGCACAUGGGCUAAGGGCCAUUAGGCAGACAGCCCCCAAGGGCCCCCUCCCCCAGCUGGAUCAGGUAGAGAAACAAAAGCACUUUUCCACCUUGUAUAUGGGAUACACCAACAUAGCUACAAUCCAGCAGGCCUGGGUAUCUAAGGCUUGCUUGGCCUGCAUCCAUGCUUAAACCCAGGGAUGGGGGGAUUCUUCUGGAUUCAUGGGGUGAAUGGCAGUUGUUCUCUCCAUGCUGGGGAAUGGGGAUGGAGGGGACAGCCAGCUUUUAUGCUCAUGGGGGCUUGGUUUUGCCUCUCCAAGGAGCAACACAUACAACUCGGAGGGGUAUUUGGCUCUGAAGUUUAAGGACUGGAAAAGACACUUCUUUUGGGAAGACACUCCUUUAGGUUCAGAGGAAUAGGGGUGCUUUGCUCCCUUGAACACAGCUGGCUUACCCUAUGCAGUUGUCAGUGCACA